GGAAAGGCACGUCCGUCAACUCGUCCUCUGCGCGUGUUGCUGCUAGCUGACAGUUAUUUGUGGCCCCGCGGCUCGUUUUAGAAUACCUUAAAUAAAAUAAAGCCCUGAAUUAACUUUUAAAAGAUGACGUCCAGAGGGACGCCGAGUCGCUUCCUGAAAAGCGUUCUCCAAAACGGUAUCGGUCGGUACGUCUGCCAGCUGAAACGAGUCUCCAUCAUCUUCUCUAAAAAAGCACAGAGCUCUUUGGGAGUCAGGGAUUUCAUUGAAGAAGGCGUGGUGGAUUAUGCCAAGAAGAACCCUUCUACUGUCGUGUAUGUGUCUCCUCAGUCAUGCCGGAUACCCAAAAUAGUUGCAGAAUACCUAAACGGCAGCGUGAGGGAAGAACUCGUCACAAGCAAAACGUCCCCGCAGAUUUUGGAGCUUUUGACCAAGCUGACCAAUCAGUCCGGCCUGGAGGUCAUCCGCAUCCGCAAGCCCUUCCACACAGACAGCCCCAGUAUCCAGGGCCAGUGGCACCCGUUCACCAACCGGCCCCCGUCCAUCGGCCCCAUCAGGCCACAGAACCCGGACGCAGAAUGAGGAACAGAGUUUGAAGCUAACGGUAUAAAUUAAUUGCAGAUUCUUGCAAUAUGUCGUUCUUUGAAGCUGUUAAAGUGUACGAUCUUAGCUAAAUCACAGGUCAAGUAUGUUUGCAGCAAUUUUCCACUAACGGCAGAAUAUCUUUCAUCUUGCCUUUUCUCUCUGGUGGUGGCGAACAAAGCUCCUGUAGCUGUGCAGAGAAGUGCACACAUCACCAGACUUUACAUGAAUCCACCAGAGGCGUGUCAACUGGCAUGUAUCAUAGUUAAAAAUAAAAGUAGAUAACAUUUUUUUAUUUUAUUCUUAAGGUUAUCGGAAGAUUCAUUUUGUUAAAGUGCAGCACGGAGCAGCUGGAACUUUGUAUGAAAUUUAAAAAAUAAAUAUUAUUGUGCAUUA